GGGAGGGGGGGAUAGAGAGAGAGAGAGACAGAGAGAGGGAGAUCACACAUCCCACAGCACACCUAAGUCCCCAUGGACUCUCUCUCUCCCCACCGCCACCUCUCCCUCUCCCACCUCCUCCUCUUCCUCCUCCUCCUCGCCUCCUCCAACCUCCUCACCUUCUUCCUCUUCUCCUCCCACUCAACCUCCUGUCCUUCUUCCCUCCAAACCCCUUCCAUCUCACUUUCCUCCUCUCCACCCCCUAACCCCUCCCUCCCCUCAGAAUUCCUGGCGUUCACCUCCCCCCAGCCCCUCCCCUUCGGUCACAACCACAACUUCGACUCCGCCACCCUCCACCCCCCCGUCGGCCUCCCCUGCCCCCUCUUCCCCUCCGACCUCGCCGCCUUCCUCUCCUACCCCGUCAACGGCUCCUGCCCCGACGACGAGCUCCUCGCCCAGAAGCUCCUCCUCCGGGGCUGCGAGCCCCUCCCCCGCCGCCGCUGCCGCCCCGCCGCCCCUCCCCACCCCUCUCCCCCCCUCCCCUUCCCCCUCUCCCUCUGGUCCCUCCCCCCCGACAACUCCGUCCACUGGUCCGCCUACUCCUGCAAGUCCUUCGCAUGCCUCGUCGCCCGGAAGCACUCCAAGUCCUUCGACGACUGCAAGGACUGCUUCGACCUCGACGGCCGGGAGAAGCACCGCUGGGUCACCCCCUCAUCCAAUCCCCUCGAUUUCACCAUCGACCAAGUCCUCGCCGAUGCGAGCCCCCCGGGCUCCAUCCGCAUCGGCCUCGACAUCGGUGGCGGCGCCGGGUCCUUCGCGGUGCGCAUGAAAGAACGCAACGUCACCAUCGUCACCACCUCCAUGAAUCUGAACGGGCCGUUCAACAGCUUCGUCGCCGCCAGAGGGGUGGUGCCGCUCUACAUCAGUAUCUCGCAGAGGCUGCCGUUUUUCGAUAACACUUUGGACAUCGUGCACUCCAUGCAUGUUCUCAGUAACUGGAUCCCGACCACGUUGCUGCAUUUUAUUUUGUUUGAUGUGUACAGGGUUCUGAGGCCCGGAGGCUUGUUUUGGCUGGAUCAUUUCUUCUUUGUGGAGGACCAGAUGGAGGAGUACGUGCCGGUGAUCGAGAGCGUCGGGUUUAGGAAGGUGAGGUGGGAGGUGGGGAGGAAGCUCGACCGGGGGCCGGAGCUCGGGGAGAUGUACAUCUCGGCUUUGCUAGAGAAGCCAUUGAACAACUCUUGGUAACCAUUAAGCUCAUCCUUCCUGUUAUCUUUCUCUCUCUCUCAUUCUUUCCUGGUUAGGUUUGAGUCCGGCAAAGAGUUUAAUCAAGCUAUGAUCGGAGCAUGAGAUUUUUCCUAAGUCUUAUUAAUUAUUCACUAAGUAUUACUGUCUCUACGAAUAUACCUAACAUUUAACAUGAUGAAUCCUAUGGGUAACUAUUGAAAAAAAAUAAUAAGAAAAGAAAUGGGAAGAUUGUAGUUCCCAUGUA